GCCAACACCCCAAAUGCAAGAUGCAAGUGAGUUGAUCCACGUUGGCAAGUAGAAUACCCUAUGGAUUUAUUCAAAUGAUAAUUAUUUUCAAACUAAAAUGCAGUCAAAUGAAUCCCGAAAUCUUAUGGUGGGGAAUGUGCGUAAUUCUCGCAGCUGAAUGAAAUGGGGAGGAUGGUGGAGAAAUAAAAUCCCCGGAUCAUCGGCAAUUUACCUACUUUCCCAGAUUAGCUGCCUGUGGGCCUACAUUUGAAUGUGUCAUUCUGAUUUAGAAAGAUGUUUUCGUGUUUUAGUAACAAUAUAUAAAACUUAUUGUCUUUAAUCGUUUCAAAACGAUCUAAGGUUGCCGCUGAUGGCCUGCUGUUGACGGCUACCUGGUCUAAAUGCUUUGCAAACGUUACCUGUUAACCCAGGUUGUAGCCUAUUUUAGAGCUAGUGUUGAUCUCAGUACCACUUCCCUUUAUUUUAAAGUUCAGUUUUAAACAUUAAGGUUUUUUCCCCCCAUUGGAACAAAAUCUAUUCUUUAAAGGAUUUGCGGCGGUGAAGAUACCACGUGGAUACUAUUUCAUCUGAAAACCGGAUUGUCAAAUAACGCGAUCUAUGCAGUGAACCCAAAUGAGUUGUAAUUUCCUGAGAUUUUGCCCACAUCCAAGGAUGUGAAAGUGCAGCCGCUUUGCCCGAGGUGCACAAUGCAAGCCAUUCAGACCAGAGAGAUUCAGGUCCCCGCUAUAACGGAGCAUUUUGUCAGGACUCCUUUUAAAGAGCUGAGCAGAGAGACCGAGGGGAGCGUGAACAAACGGCAGCGGCACAAACAACAACAGCAGCAGCACAAACAACAACAGCAGCAGCACAAACCGCAGCAGCAGCAGCAGCAGCAGACGUGGGAAGGCGGCGACUGCGGGCAGCCGCGCUGCACUGAGCAUGUCCCAGGGGGCCGUUCCUCCGGCAGCCUAUUAUGCAGCGCGGCUGCUCGGGCGGACGGGGGAGAGCGAGAGCAGGCGCUCGCUUCCUUCGCAUCAGCACCAGCGCCGCUCGCGUCACCGGAAAGCGAGCGCGGAUUAGCACGCAGCAGCAACAGCAGCAGCAGCAGCAGCGUCAGCGCCUCGUCAGGAGGAGGCACAGAGGCCAGCGGCUGUCACGGGCAUGGCUUGAUCGCCCGGGGAGCGCUCCUGCCGAAAAACAUGGGGAACCAGGAUGCCAAGCUGCGGAGGGCAGCGGGGGAGGCCAGCGACGGUGGGGACGAUGGCGGGGGGCCCAGGGAGGCGGAGAGCACAAAGAAAGGAUUUCACGGCAAGAGAUCGCACGGUAAACACGGCAAGGGGGGGGACGCUGGCAAGAAGAAAUCAAAAUCGGAGUCCAAAUCCUCGGUGUUUUCGAACAUCCGGAUCCGGAAGAACCUGUCCAAGGCGAAAGGCUUGUCGGGGGGCUCAAAGGAGGAUGUUUUGGACACGCGGGCCUCGCAGAAUGACGAGCUGGACAGCGCGCAUUCCGUCCAGACCAAAACCCCCGACCUCAGCCUCUCCGCCGACGAGCUGGGGCACUCGGACACCGAGCCCGAGCGCUUCCACCUCACGGCGGCGAGCCGGCAGACCACGGUGGAGACGCAGGAGGGACAAAGAGCCAGCUCGGGCUCCGACACAGACAUCUACAGCUUCCACUCGGCUGCCGAGCAGGAGGAUCUGCUCGCCGACAUCCAGCAGGCUAUUAGGCUGCAGCAGGGGGUCGUUAUUUCCACAGCUGAGGAGCUGGGCUGGAAAUCGGAGCUUAAAUUCACCCCGGCAGCUGAGCCCCAGCCUGCCCCCCCUGCCUCGGAGCAGCCCCCGGCCCCGGAGGAGGUCUCCGACCGGGAGAACGGCCUGGCGGUGGAGCUCAGCUUCUCUCUGGAGGAGGGGGAGGAGGCGGUGGAGGAGGAGGAGGAGGAGGUUUCGGGCUGCGCUGCGCGGGACCGCAGCGAGGAGCCGGGGGAGGCAGAGUCGGCCCUUUGUGCCGCGUCUGGGACAAAGGAGCCGGAGCCAUUCAGCGAAAUCGCUCGGCCCCCAGCAGCUGAGGCCGAGGGGAGAAACGGGAGCGCCGUUACCAAGACGACCAGCGCCAACAGCUUCCCCGACCUCACGGGCUCUUUUGAAAGCGCGGAGGAGCCCCCGGAGGAGGAGAAUGGCUUGGAUCUGCCUCCCAGUUUGACUGGUAGCCACGGCGAUGUAGCGCGGGGCCGGGAGGACGGGUCCGUGAACGGGAGGGAGGGGGUCAGCCAGUCCCUGGAGUCGCUGGGCAGCGGGGACCUGGACUCGGAGCAGGCCGGCGGCCUCCCCCGCGUCCACCGCAGGAAGAGCAGCGUGUCCUUCUCCCAGUGGCCCUCCGAGAGCCCCCUGGCAACCCGUCUGCUCAAGUCCACCCUGUCCAACGCUUCGUCCCCGUCCGUCAAGCCCUACCCCCCCAUCCACCCGUCCUACAUCAAAACCACCACCCGGCAGCUGAGCUCGCCCAACCACUCGCCGGGACCCUCGCCGUCCCAGAGUCCCCUCUUCCAGAGGCGCUGCCAUGAGGAGGACCACAGGCUGGACAAGAGGAGGGGGAAGAGGCAGCGGUCCAACAGCAUCGCCGGCCUGCUCAGCCACUCGGCCGACUGGACGGAGGAGCUCAAGCUCAAGCACCAGAAGGCCGAUUCGGCCGACUACCUGGAGUACGGCGGCUCGGAGGAGAGGCUGCACGGCGGAAGCCAGCCCCUGUGCGCCACACGCAAGUCGUCCGGCGUGCAGGCCUCCACGUGUAGCUUUCAAGAUGUCUUCACUGGGCGCACCCUGCUGGAGAAGUUCUUCCGGCAGCAGGAGGACACCCAGCCAGAGGAAGCGGAGAAGCUGUGCUCACGCAUCCUGGCCAUGGGGCUGCUUCUGCCCUUCAGCGACUGCUUCCGGGAGCAGUACGGAGGCAGCGCCUCCCAGAUCACCGCCAAGUUUGAUCAAGACCAGCUCUACACCUGGGCUGCGGUCAGCCAGCCCCCCCACUCCUUCGAGAACUUUGAGGGGCGCAUCCCUGGGCGUAUCCAGGCCCUGUGGCCCCCGCAAAAGCCUGACGGGGACCAGAAGCCGGGGCUGCAGUACACUGAGGCCGAGCAUCAAUCGCUCAUCCUGGGACUGAAGAAACAGCAUAAAGACAGAGUAUAUGAGCUGCAGGAGGAAUCGGUGUUGAAAACGGUGAAGUUGAAGGACGAGCACGUCAAUGUGAUUCAGCAGCUGGAGCAGACUAUCGAGGAUCUAAGGACCAAAAUCGCGGAGCUGGAGAAUCAGUACCCGUCUGUGGAGAAGGAUGUUUGCACUAAGGACCAGGAGUGUGGAAGUGAAGAGGUGGCGCUGAAGGAUUUCUGUGAUGUAGACCUGCAGACUGAGGGGCUGGCACCGAGCAGCCUAGAGGCCAAGUCAGUGCAGACGUCGCCCGUGGACGAGAGCUUUAAAUUUAAAGUGCCUUUACCGGAUCAAACGCCAACGUCAGCCCCUCCCUCCGUGCCCAGCGUAGACGGGGAAGUGCUUCCCCCGCCCCGCGCCCCCUGCCCCACCCCUGGGACCCUCCCAGAGCCAGCUGUGCCCAUGUCCCCUAAGGCAAGCCAGGGGUUUGUUUGUAAAUGCCAGCAACAGCAGCAACAGAGUGGGAUUCAGCCCCCACCCCCGCCGCCUCCCCCCCCACUGCCUGGCGUACCUGUGCCCCCUCCCCCACCACCACCCCCUCCUCCCCUUCCAGGAUUUGUAGCCCCACCCCCGCCCCCUCCUUUGCCCGGAUUUGUGGGUCCGCCCCCACCCCCUCCCCUACCUGGCGGUGCAAUGCCACCACCACCUCCACCACCCCCUCUCCCUGGCUCUGCCAUGCCCCCGCCCCCACCUCCUUUACCAGGAAUGGGUGUUCCCCCACCUCCUCCGCCCUUACCAGGCUGUGCCAUACCCCCUCCUCCACCUCCUCCUUUGCCAGGACAAGGGCCAGGCCCGCCUCCGCCCCCUCCUCUUCCUGGAAUGGGUCCGCCUCCACCCCCUGGCAUUGGGGGACCUCCACCACCCCCACCUCCCCCUCCAGGGGCUGGUGGCCCCUCUGUACCCUGUAUAUUGGGAGCUCUCCCACCCCCCCUGCCGUUGGGACUCUACGCCCUGGGCAUGGCGCAUGAGAAGGCGGCCCGGAAAGGAGUCGUCGAACCUCCACGACCCAUGAAGCCCUUGUACUGGACCAGGAUACAGCUGCAUGCUAAAAAGGAAGUGGCUGGCCCCUUGGUUUGGGAGAAGAUUGAGGAGCCACCCCUGGACUUUGAGGAGUUUGUCGAUCUUUUCUCAAAAACUGCGGUGAAGGAGAAGAAAAAGCCUUUGUCUGACACCAUCACAAAAUCAAAGGGGAAACAGGUUGUGAAGCUGCUGAAUAACAAGCGGUCUCAAGCGGUGGGCAUCCUCAUGUCCAGUUUGCACCUGGACAUGAAGGACAUUCAGCACGCUAUUCUGAACUUGGACAACACCGUGGUUGACCUGGAGCACCUUGAAUGGAAUGUCAAAUAUGUACUUGUUAUUCUCUGUGGUGACCCUGUGGUAAUAUCAUUUCAGAGAGCACAACAGGAGGAGAUGGAUAAAAUUGAAAAGCACAUUAAGUCCUCUAAAGAAAAAGAAAAUGCAAAGCCACUGGAUAAACCUGAACAAUUCCUCUUUCAGUUGUCACAAAUCCCCAAUUUCUCAGGAAGGGUAUUUUGCAUCCUCUUUCAAUCAACCUUCACGGAAUGUAUAUCUUCCAUACUCCGCAAGCUUGACAUGCUACAGAAAGUAUGUGCGACCCUGAACAGUGGCGCAGGGGUGAUGCAGGUCUUGGGCCUAGUCUUGGCCUUCGGGAACUUCAUGAACGGGGGAAACAGGACCAGAGGUCAGGCAGACGGCUUUGCCCUGGACAUCCUCCCCAAGCUUAAAGAUGUGAAGAGCAGCGAUAACACGAGGAGUCUUUUGUCUUACAUCGUCGCUUACUACUUAAGGCAUUUCGAUGAGGAUGCUGGCAAGGAGACGUGCGUCUACCCGCUCCCCGAGCCACAGGACCUCUUCCAGGCGUCGCAGAUGAAAUUUGAUGACUUUCAGAAGGAUCUCCGCAAGUUAAGAAAGGACCUCAACGCAUGCACCACCGAGACCGAGAAAGUCUGCCGCGUCUCCUCUGAAGAUCACCUUCAACCUUUCAAGGACAAAAUGGAGGAGUUCUUGAGCCAAGCAAAAACUGAACUGGAGGCUCAGGAGACACAGCUGACUGAGACUCACAAAACUUUCUUGGAGUUGACCAUCUUCUUCUCUGUCAAAGCGAAGAUGGGGGAGAAAGAGGUUUCUCCCCACACAUUCUUCUCAGUGUGGCACGAGUUCUCCACCGAUUUCAAAGACCUGUGGAAGAAGGAGAACAAAGUGAUCCUGCAGGAGAGAUUGAAAGCGGCGGAGGAGUGCUUCAGACAAGCGAAGGAGAAGGCUUCGUACAGUGUCAAACCCAAGCAUGCCUCUGGGAUAAAAGCGAAGCUGGGCAUGAAGAUCUGACCGGCACCAGAGUUGGGGAUGACUUUUCUUU